UGGCUUGAUUCUCUUUUGCAGGGCUGUGUUCUAUUGAGGCUUGUGCUUCCUAUACUUUCUAAGCUUUUGUAGCUUUGUUUUGCCAUUACUCGAGGGCUGAUUCUAUCUGGCCACAGUAAAGCUGUUCACACUGUGUCUUGUAGCUUAACUUUACAGUCUUAGGCACUUGGAGGCAGCAGCGUUUACAUAACUUGUUUUUAUGUUUGUUUGCUUUUUGUUUUCCUAUUCCCCUCACUUAACGUUCAUUUUCUCCCCCAUUUACAGAUGCUGGCCCAUGAGAGAUGUUGAUGCAUUUUGCUGUGCGGCUGGGACUGCUGAGGUUGACAGGGUUUCUGUUGCAGAAGCCAGGUGGUCUGGGAGCUCUCAUCAUCCACAACCAGGAAGGGGCGACGCCUGUGAGCUUGGCCUUGGAGCGAGGCUAUCACAAGCUGAACCAGCUUCUAACCGAGUGAAAUGCCUCAGCUCGUAAAAGGAAUGAAACUUAAACCAGGCUGAUCCCGUCCAGAUUUUAAUUCAGGAAAUGGGAGAGCACGUUUUAGUCACAGCAGGAGAAGUUCACCUUCAGCAAUGCCUGGAUGACUUAAAAGAAAGGUUUGCCAAGAUUUAUAUCAGUGUAUCUGAACCCAUUAUUCCAUUCAGAGAAACAAUUACAAAACCCCCAAAGGUUGACAUGGUCAAUGAAGAAAUAGGCAAACAGCAAAAAGUUGCAGUCAUACACCAAACAAAAGAAGAUCAAAGUAAAAUCCCUGAGGGAAUCCAAGUUGACUCUGACGGGCUGAUCACCAUAACAACUCCCAAUAAAUUUGCCAUGCUCAGUGUUCGAGCCAUGCCCCUUCCAGAAGAAGUCACUCAGAUUCUGGAAGAAAAUAGUGAUUUGAUUCGUUCUAUGGAGCAGUUGACAUCCUCUUUGAAUGAGGGCGAAAAUACUCAGAUGAUUUAUCAAAAGACCCAAGAGAAAAUUUUGGAAUUCAGAGGAAAACUGGAGCAACACCUGACAGGGAGAAGAUGGAGGAAUAUUGUUGACCAAGUCUGGUUAUUCAGCCCAAGAAAAUGUGGGCCCAACAUGCUAGUGAAUAAAAGUGAAGAUUUUCAGAACUCAGUAUGGACAGGUCCAGCUGACAAAGCUUCAAAAGAAGCCAGUAGAUACCGAGAUUUGGGAAACAGCAUUGUGAGUGGCUUCCAACAAGCAACUUUCUGUGGCCCCAUGAGUGAGGACCCUCUCAUGGGUGUCUGUUUCAUUCUGGAAAAAUGGGACCUAAGUAAAUUUGAGGAACAAGGAGGAAGUGAUCUGGCCAAAGAGGGACAGGAGGAAAAUGGAACCUGUUCUGGGGGAAAUGAAAACCAAGAGCUACAAGAUGGCUGCUCUGAGGCCUUGGAGAAGAGGACAUCCCAGAAAGACUCUGCACUCACUGACUGCUAUGGACCUUUCUCAGGACAGCUAAUUGCCACCAUGAAAGAAGCACGUCACUAUGCACUGCAAGUGAAACCUCAGCGCCUGAUCGCAGCUAUGUACACAUGUGAGAUCAUGGCCACCAGUGAUGUUCUUGAAAUGAAAAGAACUUCUGUGUUCCUGAGGCCAUUUGUUUCCUGUCUGGAUAUUCAGAGAUCUUCUGAGAAGACUUCAGACUUUGCUGACUGCUGUUUUAAUUCUCCAAGAAUCGGCACAAGUUGAUUUCAGGUGUUUUUUAUUUAGCAAAAUGAAUUUCCUUAGUCUUAUUUUAAAACUUAGUUUUUUCUACAUAGAUUGUAAAAACAAGAAAUCUUUCUAUAAAUGGAUAGAAUUGCAUGGGGUCAAAAUGGGAAAUUUUGUAGGAAAAUAAUCAUCUCAAAACCAUUUUAUCUGGGGAAAUAAUUUCAGGAAAAUGCCCUUCUGAACUUUUAAAACCCACUUUUCUAAAGAUGUGCUUCUGUUAUCAUUUUUUACCCAUGAAAUUUCUGUGUAAUGAGCUUGAUUAUUGCUGAGCUUUUACCUGCUUGUCAUUGAAUUGUUUCUUUUUGUAUUUUUUUCUUCUAAUCUGUUAAUCUUUUUUUUAUUUUUGCUCUUCAUUUCAAAACUCUUUGGUAAUCUCACAUUUUAAAAAUACCUCUUUUUGUUUGACAGUACUAGCUGAGAGGUUUGGUUUUGUUUUGUUUGAGAUGCAGUUUCACUCUUGUUGCCCAGGCUGGAGUGCAAUGGUGCGGACUUGGCUCACUGCAACCUCUGCCCCCUGAGUUCAAGUGAUGCUCCUGCCUCAGCCUUCCAAGUAGCUGGGAUUACAGGUGCCCGCCUCCAUGCCCAGCUAAUUUUUUGUAUGUUUAGUAGAGAUGGGGUUUCACCAUGUUGGCCAGGCUGGUCUCAAACUCCUGACCUCAGAUGAUCCACCACUUCAGCCCACCCAGAGUGCUGGGAUUACAGGCGUGAGCCGCUGUGCCUAGAUUAAUUAAGAGUUUUAAUUACAGCUAUGAUUACUCUAGUUCUUCCUUUUAUUUAUUAAAUUUUUAUUUAUUUAUUUAUUGGGUAUUUUUGAGAUGGAGUUUUGUUCUUGUCCAGGCUGCAGUGCAAUGGCACAAUCUCGGCUCACUUCAAUCUCCGUCUCCCGAGUUCAAGAGGUUUGACUUCCUCACCCUCCAGAGUAGCUGGGAUUACAGGUUCCCACCACCAUGCCCAGCUAAUUUUUUGUAUUUUUACUAAAGAUGGGGUUUCACCAUGUUUAUCAGCCUUGUCUUGAACUCCUGACCUCAGGUGAUCCUAAUUUUAUGGGUAUUUCGUAUGUAUAUGUAUAUAUUUAUGGAGUACAUGAGAUAUUUUGAGUCUACAUUUUAUUUUUACACAUACAUCACUGUAUACUUUUAAAAACCUUUUUUUCUUUCCUGAGACAGUCUUGUUUUGUAACCCAGGCUGGAGUGCAGUGGCGUGAUCUUGGCUCACUGCAACCUCCAACUCCCAGGUUCAAGCGAUUCUUUAUCAGCCUUCCAAGUAGCUGGGAAUACAGGUGCUCACCAUCAUGCCCAGCUAAUUUUUUUAUUUGUAUCACUUGAACCAGGGAGUUGGCAGUUGCAGUGAGCCGAGAUCACGCCACUGCACUCCAGUUUGGCCACAGAAUGAGACUCUGUCUCAAAAUAAAAAUAUAAAGCAAAAAAAUUGGAGUCCUUGCUCAGUUAUCUUGACUGUGUCACAGUAUUUAUUACCUGCCACCUUCAUGUCAACUUAGGAUUUGAUCAUUGUGCCUCAUUUUUUAAGUCACUGAUUAUAAUGAUAAGAACAUAGAGCUACUAGCAGACCCACUAAGGACCACUUUCCAGAGUGGGGUCGACCUGUUACCAUAAUUAUCUGUAAACUUGUAGCUGAUCUAACUAUAGUGGCAGCCAGCCUACAUUCUUCAUUGUGCCUGCAGGAUACUUUAUCUCCUAUUUGAUUGAAGCCCAUUUGUAUCCUGUCAACCACAUUGGCCUGGUUCUUAUAGCUCUAUGACAAAAGGAAGACAUUAGUGUGACCUGGUGUAUAAGAAUAAGGAUCUACCCAUUUAUUUGUAUGUGUUUUUAAUUAACGUUAUUGCACAAGCGUUAUUAACAAUAAAUCACGAAGUGAAAGAAAA